GUUUGUUGACAAAUGUACACAAAAUAGUAAAACAAUACAUGUAAUUAUUUUUAAAAAUUAUUUAUAAAUUACUUUUCUUGAUGAAAUGUAAUUACAUUAUAUUAACUUUGUUUCUAGUUAUAAAAUUUAAUAUUUAUGAAAACUAAGGUGAUAACUUGAAGACCAAAAUGACUGAUACAAAGCCAGUAGAUCCACCAGAAUGGAUCCACCCGGACCAAAUAAUGGAGAUGCAUCGUUUAAAGGUGAAGAAACGUGCUCUUCAGGCGCGGAUGAACCGCAGUAAAGUUGAUCACGACAAACCAUCACUGAACAUCUCUAUUGAAAAGUCACCUUCUAAGUUAGACAGCCCACUGUCGCAGAAACGUAAAAAUCCAUUUCUUAAAAAUGACAGCAUUAAGCGAUCUCGUGAAGAAGUGACACCAGAACUGGAUGCCAGUUGCGAUUCUGUUCUUUUUGAACUGAUGAAACUGAAACCGCCGGAGAGUAAAAAAGUUUUUGUACCUAAUGAGGAUUCAAGUUCGAAUUUAUCUUUUUCCAGUGUCCUAUCUAAACUGGAACUCCAUGAAAGGGUUCCAGAACCUGAAAUACCUAAAGGUGAACCCUAUAUCCCGAUGGACUGGACUCUAAAUACUAAAAUGAGAUUCAUGUCACCGAAGCCAUUCGCCUGGAAUGGUAAAUUAAAAACAAGUGAACAGGCAUCUGGUACCACUGGGUUUGUCAGAUGUUUGGAUACUGGAGAGCAAGAAACUACAUUAGAUACUAGUCCUAAUGCACGGUUUCAUCAAUGCUGUCUAGUAUGGCAACAUCCAUCGCUGCCUUGGCUAGAUCUGUAUCCCCGAUCGGCAGGAAAAGUGAGCGCCUCACUGGCCAGUAAUUCAGCGGUAUCGAAUAAUCAGUUUAUAAAAGACGCACUUUUUUCUGAGUGGAGCGAAAGCUUUCGUUCGCUCUUUCAUCUUCUGCGUGCAGGACAGUGCCCGUACUUUUACGUUUGCGCUAACACAUUCACGGUUCUGUUUCGCGCUGCGGGAAUAUGUGGGAUUUCGGAAGUGCACGCAUUACUGACACCCACGACACGUGGAUUUAGACAGUCACUUAAGCAGCAAGAUAUUGAGUAUACGAUGCCACUGCGUAUGGGAGGCAAAAGACGCUCUGAUGUAACUGAUUCCGGGUGUGACACUUUUGACUCAACUACUUAUAAUCCGGAAGAUGUUAAUCCUGACUAUAAUACUGAUGACAAUGACGAUGACGAUGCUAAAGAUAAUCUGCUAGAGAGUUUAGGGAUUGAAGACUCGGAAAUAAAAAGAAUAAAUAAAUUCCAAAAGAGAAUUGUUAUGGAAAAGGAGAGUGAAGUUGAUACUUCAAAGCAGUCUCUUAUUUUUGUAAAAGGCGUCGAGGCACAAGCGCUCUUUAAUUUUUUAAUUAAUUGUAAAUCUGCGAUAGCUAUCACUGGAGCAUUGGCGGGAGUGCCUCCUACACUUCUGGCUCCUGUCGCCUUCCAUGGCGCUACUCUCAAACCACUUAAGGUCAGAGAAAGUAUAGUCAGAAUUGAAAAUGAUAAAUUUCAUUCAUUAGAAAUUAAUGGACCAAUAUUACCGCACGUACUACCGUCACUUUGUUUCCUUAUGAGAUCUAGUCAACUUGAAAAAUUUUCAGUGAGCUGCGCCCAAUUAAGUUCUACUAAAUCAUUUACAGAUGCCAAACACGGAUCAGAAUCUUCAUCAGAAGACAAAGAAAACGAAAACAAACCACAAAGUGUAUUUGGUAAAGAAAAUUUAAGUGACUGUGGUUUGACUGGUGAAUUAUUGUCUCACUUCUGUAACUCAGAUCGGGCGCGCAUUAAAGUGGUUGAAAGUCUCAAGUACUCGAGUGAAGGAUACACUUGGUCGUGAUGUUACUAAUAAUUAAUCGCAUUUUUCUACACCUCAUAUGUAAAAUAUUUCAUUUGAACAUUUGAAAAUACCGCGCGCACGUAACAAUCGCGAACUACUCAUCUCUUCACUCUACUGCGUAGGUACUACCAUUUUCUACCCUAACUGCUGUAAGUUAUCGAUCGACUCGCCGACAAACGGUACGUUGUCUUGUACUUUAGGAUGUAAAAUUCAUUCUCUAUUUAUUUAACGAACGAUUCGAAUGAGUCAGGAACUCAAAAUUUUAUUUUCAAUACUAAGAGCAAUGUCAGACAGUGCCCAUACUUUUUAAAAAAAUGCAAUAUGACUGUCAAAUGUCAUAACCGUAAAAAAAUUUUAUUAAUUAAUUAAAAAAAAAAAAAUUAAAUCCUUAAUUGAAAAAAGAACAACGUAGUAGCGAUUUUGCCAAGGUAUAGAAUUUUAAAAAAAUGACUCAGUUGUUAUCAAUUGGGAGUUAAACGAAAUUUGUUCAAUGAAUUUUAGCCUACAGCUUGAAAAUUCGAAUUUAUAAUUGACAUGAAGAUUUUACUGAUAUUUAUUCGACAAAUUUUGUUUAGCUCCAAAUUGAUGUCAACUGUAAUUUUUUUUUAAAUUUAUAUCUCAGCAAAAUUACUUCUACGUUGUCCUUUUUUAAAUUAAUGCUUUAAUAUUUUUUAAAUUAAUUAAUUAAACUUUGAUAUGCUUCUGAUAAUUAAAAGUCAUUGAAAAUUUUUAAAAAGUGGGGGGACACUGUCUGCAAAUGGUCUUCAAUUUCUUAAAAAAAAAAAUCAUCACAUCAAAAUUAAAAUUUUCUUUUGUUGUAAUUUAUUUGUAACUCCUAGUAUUUAAUUAUUGAUACUUGAUUAAAAUGAAGAGUAUAAAAUUUAAUUCUUUGUUUCUUUCAAUUAGGUAAUUAAUUAAUUGUAUUUAAAAUCAAUAUUAGUUAUAAAUUAUUUCAAUAGUCUAGUCAUACAA